AUAUAUGUGACUAGGAAUAGGAAAUUGUUCACCCAUGACUUCCUGUUUCACAGUGGUAUAAAUAUGAGGUAAUAUAUAGGCCAAAUUCCCUUCCUACAAUGGGUAAGACCAAGGAAUAUAGCUGUGAUGUGUGGCAACAGGUUGUUGAGCUUCACAAAAUGGGAAGUGGCUAGAAGAAAAUAGCACAAGCAUUGAAAAUGCCCAUUUCCACCAUCAGGGCAAUAAUUAAGAAGUUCCAGUCAAAAGGAAAUGUUCUGAAUCAACCUGGAAGAGGACGUGUGUCUAUAUAGUUUCAACACACUGUGAAGAGGAUGGUUCAAGUGGCCAAAAAAUCUCCAAGGAUCACAGCUGGAGAAUCGCAGAAGUUAGUUGCAUCUUGGGGUCAGAAAGUCUCCAAAACUACAAUCUGAAGUCACCUACAUCACCACAAGUCGUUUGGAAGGGUUUCAAGAAAAAAAUCCUUUACUCUCAUCCAAAAACAAACUCAAGCUCAAGUUCAGUUUGCCAGACACUACUGGAACUUCAAAUGGGAUCGGGUUCUAUGGCCAGAUGAAACCAAAAUAGAGCUUUUUGGCAAUAAACACCAGAGGUGAUUUUAGCGCACACAGAGAGGAAGCCAUAUGGAAAAGUACCUCAUGUUCACGGUUAAAUGUGGUGGUGGCUUUUUAAUGUUUUGGGGCUGUUUUUCUGUCCAGAGGACCUGGACAUUUUGUUAGGAUACAUGGCAUCAUGGACUCUAUCAAAUAUCAACAGAUAUUAAAUGAAAACCUGACUGCCUCUGCCAGAAAGCUUAAAAUGGGCCGUGGUUGGAUCUUCCAGCAGGACAAUGAUCCAAAACAUACAUCAAAAUCAACACAAAAAUGGUUUACUGACCACAGAAUCAAGGUCCUGCCAUGACCAUCCCAGUCCCCUGACUUGAACCCCAUAGAAAACCUGUGGGGUGAACUGAAGAGGAGAGUCCACCAGUGUGGACCUCGAAAUGUGAAGGAUCUGGAGAGAUUCUGUAUGGAGGAACGGUCUCAGAUCCCUUGCCAUGUAUUCUCCAACCUCAUCAGGCAUUAUAGGAGAAGACUCAGAGCUGUUAUCUUGGCAAAGGGAGGUAGCACAAAGUAUUGACUAAAAUGUGCCAAUAUUUGUUACACACCUACAUUUAACAAAUAAUUUUUUUGAUAAACAUGUGUUGUGUUUGCAUUUGUUUGAUAUCCAUGAGAGCAGAGUAUUUUUGUGAAUUUCUUUAACAAAAGAUCAAAAGGUUAAACAAUAAUGAUAACUUUUCACAGCCUUCUUUGCUCAUAUUUACCAAGGGUGCCAAUAUUAGUGGUGGAGGUCAUUGUAUGUAUAUGUAGAUAUUUUUUUAGGCGGUAAAUAAUUUUGUAAACUAUAUUGGAACAACCCUCCACCCCCACUUCAAUAUUAUGGGCUAUUUGUUUUAUGCGUUUGUUAUUUUCAUGACAAACACAAUACUUGUGCAAUACUUAUACCUCAUGUAGGUAUAUAUUAAUGUAACACAUUAACACAGGUAUAAAUAUACUGCUUAAUCAUUGUUGGGAUAAUGGCAUCUAUGAGAGAACAAAGUCUCCUCUACAUACUAAUCUAUAUUUAACCCCAAGUUACCCCAUGUCCACACAAACAACAACAACAACAACACAAACUCUCCGGUAGCAGAUGCGAAGUCGCAGUAAAAUGUUACUGUUCAAAUAAAGGCUGAAUUACAAACCGCUCUCUCUGUAUUGUCAAGUGCCCUAGUCUGGACCUGUACGGCAUUGUUAAAUACCCUAAAUAGUGCACUGAGACAGGAAGCCGCGAGCUAUUUGGAAUUCAGCCGUGGAUUCUCUCUCAUUGUUGACUUCCGGUUUCUGAGAGCUCUUUUUCCACGUUUACAGGAAGGGGAUUUUUAACAGUACUCCAGAUAUGUAUCGGGUAAAACGCUGACUACGGGGUUGAAAUGUGUUAAUAUUUCUAAUAAUUUAUAGCGUUUGCAAGAGCACAGACAUCACCACGAGUCCAUAUCAGCUGGGGUUUGAAAGGACUGAGGUGUGCAGAUGGGGGAGGUGAGGAAACUACAGAAGAAGUUGAGGCAGAUUGAGAACCUGGAGCUCAAGCUUUCUCUCACCCCAGAAGAAGCAGUGAAGGUCUCAAAGAAGGAGGAGCUUCGCAGCAGAUUGGCCGAGCUCCUGCUGCAUCUUUCCGGCCUGCAGCAAACCCACGGUAUUGUGGGUGAAGAGGAGGAUAAAAUGAAAAGACAAGUAGAGACUGGAACAGAGCAUCACACAGAUCACACACCGGCUGUGAAGCUAGCGCGUGAAGACCACCGAGAAAAGCAGGAUAAGGCGAAAAGUGGAGCGGAGGAGGAGAUAAAAGACAGAGAGGGUGGAGGACAAAGCCAGAGGCUCCCAGACCCAGACACAGAAUUCUCAUCUCUUAAAGCAUUGUGGGAAAAGGCCAAGUUUCGCCUCAGGACUCUAAAAGGUCACAGUGACAUCAUCACUUGCGUAGCUGCCGUAGACAAUCUUGUGAUUUCUGGCAGUCGUGAUACCACAGUGAAGGUGUGGCACGUUCCCACGGCAACAGAGCAGCGCAAUCUCGGAGGUCACAGCGGUGGCGUCACUUGUGUUAAUACACCACCUUCAGAGUACUGCAGGAAAUUAGCAUCUGCUCUGCAUCUGUCUGAGACGGAGAGGUUCAUCCUAAGUGGCUCCACCGACUGCUGUGUACGAAUAUGGACUCUGAGUUCUGGCCAGUGCGUGAAAUCAAUUUACACUUUUAAUGCCGUCACAAGCCUUUGCUUCAUAGCGGAGUGGGAGGGCUACAUUGUGACAGGCUCAGAUGCUGGGAAACUGCAAGUGUGGGACUGGCUCUCUCAGGAGAACUGUCAAUCAGUCAACGUGCACCUGGAUGCUGUCACGACACUACAGUCCCACGGUCCUCUGGUGUUCAGUGGCUCGACGGAUGGGAGCGUGUGUGUAUGGGAGGUGUGUGAUGGAGCAAUGGAGCCCCUAAACCAGCUGCAGCAGUGGGGGUCAGAGGUCACUGGUUGUAGCAGAGUUGAUGAGGUCAAUGGGAGGCUGAGACUGAGUGCCCGAGGCGACCACAUCUUUCUGGCCAAUGGGAGAUCCAGUAUCCGAGUGCUCAACUGGAGAACAGGCACAUUGAGGAGACUGACCAAUCACAGCAGCACUGCUGGCGUCACGGAUUGUGUCAAUCAAAUACCAGGGGUUCUAGUUGGUUCAUGCUUUGACCUCACCAGCGGAGAGAGUACUCUAAACUUAUUUUCUCUUCCACAAUGUAGGUACCUCGUCUCAAUCUCCAGCUCAGAUUUACCACGAAUCCUUUGUUUUGCGGCAUGGGUCACACCUAGUGGGGGUCAUCGCUGGGUUACAGGCGGCCGUGAGCUCACAGUUUGGGAACAGCUUCCAGGAAAUGUCAAAAAAAGAGGUGACGUAAACGUGAGACGAGACAGCCGAUUGGACAGUACACUCGCGGAAUCUGACGGAGACUCACAGGAGGAGAGUGAGGACGAUGACGAAGAUGAAGAUGAAGAGUCCACGGCCACCGAUGGAGAAGAAGUGUCAGGAUCAUCGUGGCUACGCUGCGUCCUCCAGUGAGAGAGAGAGAGAGAGAGAGAGAGAGAAAGAAAUGAGAGAGACCAAGACAGGAAGAGCUAGAACGUGAGGUGUGAAGUUUAGCAGAUUGAGCGGGUGGCGGCAGGGCAAAGAGCGCGGAUGGACAACAGCUUGUUCUUCAUGUAAAUCUUGCAUCAUGGAGCCAAUAAACGUGCCAUGCUAUGA